GGGGACCGACGCAGUCCUGUCGGGAGCGUCACAGCGGGCGGACGCUCACCACCGACGCUUCUCUCGCUCGCCUAGCCUCGCCUCGCCUCGCCUCGCUCGUUCUCUCUCUCUCUCUCUCCCUCCCUGCCCCCACCCCCCGGCACCCCUCCUCGCUAUCAUGGCAGCGUAGCGCGUCUCUCUCUCUGUCUUUCUCUCACGCACACUCGCAUACACACACACACACAUACACACAUACACACGCUCACCGUGUCUCUCUCGUCGUCAUCUCCAUCCAGCAACAGUCGAGUCGCGAGACGGACCAUCAGCCUCACCCUGUCGGUUGCUCGGAUACGUUGGCCAGUCUCGUCUGAGCCGCAUCUGUCUCGUCCACCCUCUUUAUUUUCUCUCUUCCGGAUCCCGUUCACUCACCACUCUCUCUCUCUCUCUCUUUCUUCUUUUUCUUCUUCUCUUUGUCUCUGUCUCUCUCUCUCCUUGUUUCCAUUUGUAUGGAAUCGUUCAUCGUCUCGACGACCGAUUGUUUUCCGUAGGGGUUGCUCCCGUCGACGGCGUGUUACCGUUCGUUCCGCGCACACGUCGCAGCUAUCCCCGUGCGUGGCUCGGUCCGGUCUCGCCUCACGUGUGUCUCUCGCGAUCGCGAAGAUGCGCGGUCAAAGCCGCGACCGGUGGCCCCGUGACUACCGCCGACCGCCGUUGCCAGUGAAUUUGUGACCGCGGACCAGUGAGAAGUCCACCGGCGGAUGAGGAGGUCCGUCCCGGAGCUGAUUCGAUGGUCCGAUGCUGCGAGCGAACAGUCGCGAUUCCGCCCGUUCGGAGUGCCGAUUCCCGCGAGCCUGCCCGUCAGAGGCUGCCACGAGGGCCGCGUGGCCCGCUGACGACCUGCCAGCGAGACAGCGCCGCCCGGCUGGUUGUCGAUCGCUGCCUUCGCACGCGAGGUACACCGUCGCGGACCCAACGGGGGUCGUUGGUGCGGAGUGACGGCUCGAGCCUCUCCCGGCCUCGUUCAUCCUUCCCGUUCGCGUCCGCCCGAACCGGGGACAGUGAUCGAGAGAGAGCAACGGCUACCAGCGAUCGUUACAGAGACGUCGAUCCGACGCGACCGUCCCCGAAUGUUGAUUGAUCACCCGUUACGGCGCAUCGCGCUAAUUCGACCGAGGCAGCGCGAUGCUGCGAGCGAUGGAAUUACCAUCCAUCGGCGCCCGUGCCGCAUCCGGGAAUAGUGAUUCCGGGGAUUGGUGAUCGUAUUCUAUCGCACGGUCUCCGCGGGGGAUCGCCAGGAAGCAUCGCGGGAGAGAGCCACGUAUCGGUGAAUUUGAAGUGCUACGUAAUGGUGAUCUUUUGGUUUCGUUUCGUUCCGUUUCGGUCCGUUUCGUUCCUCCGUAAGCUCGAGCGACGUCACGGCCGCGUCGUAGAUACCGCCGCACGAGGGAAGAUUAGGGCUUGCGAUACGAUUCCGAAGGGUGAGUUAGGGUUGGAUAUCGGUGGACAGCAUCGAGGAACGCCGGCGGAGAGGGUGCCGCCUCUAAGGGGCCGCGUACAACGGCGUAAACAAGGGGCUUUUCACGUGCGUGGAAAAUCCGCGAACCUGGAAGAACGGGUUCCGGAAAUUCUGUGCUGUCACACGGGCGUCAAAUCGACGGACGUUCGCUGUCUCUCAUUCUUUUGCUAAUGAGCAGAAAAUCGGGGCCGGAGAGAAGGUUCGAUAUCUCGAACAUCGGCGAACCCAGGCUCGCCUCGCGUCGCGACGCGGAUCGAUAGGAUCUUGAAACAUUGACGAGACCCGCGCGUCGUUCAGGGGUCGGGUCGCAAGAGGGUGCCCGAUCGCGUAAUCAUAGUGAUCGGCGUCGAGCGCGGCGCCGGCCGCCGUUGGACCCGCGAAAUCAUCGAGAAUCGUCGAGCGAGAGUGGAUCGGAGCCGCGGGAACCAUGCUGUGUCCAGGACGACGAUGAAGGUUGGCAGCGGCACGAGCCGAGAUCGAAUCGUGCCGUCGAAACCGGAAGUCUCGGGGAUCCCGCGUUCGUCGAUCGCUCGCGAGAAGUGUCCGGCGACUCGCGCGGGCCAUCCGCGAACGCGUCGAGCCGAUGCACCGACGCGUCGGCGUCGUUCUCUCAAAUGAGAGCACCGAGGAAGAAUCCGCUCGUUGGAUAAUCGGUGUAACAUAACGUCUCCACCCCGCGCGCAUUCGUUCGAACGAUGAACGGUGAGAACGCACCCUUAAACAUGAGUGAAUCAGUGAACCCUGAGAAACGAUUACGCGCCACGAUGCAGCUGACGGAACGCGGUACGUUUAGUGAAGUGCAUCCCGGCGAUAAACAAACAGAGUUGCGUAACAGUGCCACCGACAACCCCGGCUCGGCGGAUCUGACUUGAGGAGGGAGCAGAACAGGCGUAAAUGUCACUGAGAAGCUCCGGAAGCCAGUGUCGACUCUCUCGAUCCCGGGGGCGAUGAAGAACAGCGGCGGUAUGGGUGGCGCCGGGGGUGGCGGCGGGGGCGCCGGCGGAGGUAGUGCUGCCGGAGCAGGCGAGGACGCCGGGAUCGCCCUCGUCGGCGUCCACUCGGAGUACCCGGGUGGUGGCGGGCCCGUCAAGGGCCCGUCGGGAAGCAUCGGGCCGGGAUCCAAGCACAAACCGAACGUCGGUUACCGGCUGGGCAGACGGAAGGCCCUGUUCGAGAAGCGGAAACGCAUCAGCGACUACGCGCUCGUCAUGAGCAUGUUCGGCAUCAUCGUCAUGGUCAUCGAGAACGAACUGUCCAGCGCCGGUGUCUACACGAAGGCCUCGUUUUACUCGACAGCAUUGAAAACCCUGAUCACUGUGUCUACUGUGAUACUGAUUGGCCUCAUACUUGCUUACCAUGCCUUAGAAGUUCAGUUGUUCAUGAUCGAUAACUGCGCGGACGACUGGCGGAUCGCGAUGACCGGCCGGCGGAUCGGGCAGAUCGUUCUCGAGUUGGUGAUCUGCGCGGUGCACCCGAUCCCCGGGGAGACCUACUUCGUGUGGACGACCAAGCUGGUGAACAAGAACGGCGACUUCGGCUCGAAAAUGGUGCCGCUCGACGUCGGCCUCUCGCUGCCGAUGUUCUUCAGACUCUACCUCAUCUUUCGCGUGAUGCUGCUGCACUCGAGGCUGUUCACCGACGCCUCGUCCCGCAGCAUAGGGGCCUUGAAUCGUAUUAACUUCAACACCAGGUUCGUCCUGAAAACCCUGAUGACCAUCUGCCCGGGCACCGUCUUGGUAGUCUUCAUGGUCUCGUUAUGGAUCAUCGCCUCUUGGACGUUGCGUCAGUGCGAGAGGUUCCACGACGAGGAGCACGCGAAUCUCCUUAAUGCGAUGUGGCUCAUCGCAAUCACGUUUCUGAGCGUCGGUUUCGGCGACAUCGUGCCCAACACGUACUGCGGUCGAGGUAUAGCCGUUUCCACCGGAAUAAUGGGCGCCGCGUGCACGGCCUUGCUGGUGGCGGUUGUUUCCAGGAAGCUCGAGCUCACAAGGGCGGAGAAGCACGUUCAUAACUUUAUGAUGGAUACGCAAUUAACGAAAAAGGUGAAAAACGCCGCGGCGAACGUGUUGCGCGAGACGUGGCUAAUUUACAAGUACACGCGGCUCGUGAAACGUGUCAAUCCGGGACGUGUUCGAACGCACCAGCGGAAAUUUCUGUUGGCUAUAUACAAGCUCAGGAAAGUGAAAAUGGAUCAGCGAAAAUUAAUGGACAACGCCAACACCAUCACGGACAUGGCCAAGACGCAGAACACAGUCUACGAGAUCGUCUCGGACAUGAGCACGCGUCAGGACACCCUCGAGGAACGUCUGGUGGGUCUGGAGGACCGGCUGAUCGGCCUAGAAGACAAACUGUCCGGCCUCCAGGUUCAGCUGGAGCUGCUGCCAGAGGAGCUGACCAGGUGCCUAGCUCAGCACGCGGAGCGUAUGGAGCAGAGGCGUAACUUCCUUCAUCCGAACGCGGCGGUCGCGAUGGCUGCAGCGGCGGCGGCGUCGGCGUCGUCCGGCGGCGUCGGCAGCGGUGGCGGCGGCGGUGGCUGCGGCGGCGGCGGCGGCGGCGUCUCCGCCGGAAACACCCUGUCGAUGAGCAUAUCCGGCAGCAACGUGUGCGCCCAUCAUCCGCUGGCCAGCAUGUCAAACUCACCUCUGCUGCCAUACUCGAGGAGCGUGCCGAGCGCGCCCAGCACCAUAUCCCUUCACCCUUGGCCAGUCAGCCCGGUCCUGCCUCCGGUGUCGAGUCGUACGCCACACCUGGUCCCGGAGACCGGCAAGCACCAAAGCCUGGCACAUUCCACGGUGGCGGCGACCACGACCUCGCAGUCGGCCACCAGGCUCACCUCGCAGUCCAGAAUGGGAGGACUGGGCAAUAGUCAGGGCUCCGACAAGUCUCCACACAGCUGAGUCUCGUCUUUGCAGCCGCAGCACUCUUACUAAGGACCGCCGACCGCACCUGUCGGCGGCCCCGUAGACGCUCGUACACCUUCGAGUCCCUCUCAUCAACGGUCUACCAACUCUCUCUUUCUCUUCCUCUCUCUCUC